GCUACUCGAUAACAAACUCUACAGUACCAGUACUGGCACGGUACUCCGGACCACCGGAUCGCCCACUGUCCGUCGCCGACCACCGGUGGCACAUCGGUAACGCAUACGAGCGCACGAGCGUGCGAACGAUCGAGCGAGCGUGCGAGCGAGCGAACGAAAGGAUCGCGAUCCACGCUUUUUCAACGACCUCACGAUCUCGCGGCGAUCGCGCGCGCGCGACAACUUCGAACUCACACGCUCGAUCACGUGUUAACUUUCUCCCCGCGUUUCUUUCGCGUGAGAACGAGUGCGAAUCCCGGUACAUCUCCGACCCUCGCGUUUCUUUAUCUCUCCCUUGCGCCUGCCCCUUCCCUCCGUCCACCUUCCCCCUUCCGGAAAGAUCCUCGUGAGAUAUCCGUCUUCGAUCGGAGCGUGCGUCGAGACGCGCGUGCUGAUUGAUCGCGAUUACGGAGGACUGACAACUUCCAAGUUUCAUCCUUCCGUUUUCUAAUUAUCUCUCUCUCUCUCUCUCUCUCUCUCUCUCUCUCUCUCUCUCUCUCUCUCUUUCUCUCUCCUUUGUUUUUCCAAUUUGAAACUCGCGUUUGCGAUCCACUAAAUCUAUAUUUGCCCCCCGAAAGUUUGUAUGAUCGAUUUAAAAAAGUUUAAGUGUGACGCUUGAUAACGUUUGUACACCAAAGGUUUGUUACAAAGUAGCGCGAAAUAAAAAUCGCGCAUUCUACUCGGUUACUUAAGCGUACGGGACGGUUGAAACUUCCGAGCAUGAAUGUGGAUUCAGUGGAUGCCGGCGUUAUUUGGAGCGGGGCGCGGAGCUAAAUCUCCUACGGGCUGGUUUCACCAACGUCGAUUAACGCAAACUGUGAUUGACUGAGGGUCGGUUGUAGUAACGUCGCUCAGGGCUCCGACCGGUUAAGUCAAUUUUCUCUCACACUCUCUCUCUCUCUCUCUCUCUCUCUCUCUCUGUUCAUAUCGUAGGUAGGAUUAUAAUCUGCAAAGAGAUAGCCAAUUGCCAAGUCAGAUUUGCUCGACCUACAUGAUUGAUGCAAUUCCGCCCAACUCCGUCCUCCAUCUGCGUUACAAAGAGGGUCGAAAAUGACGUGAUGAUUAGCGUACUCGGGGGAAUGAUCUCGUUGACAAUAUGCCAAAACUGCAUUCCGCGAGAUUGCGAGAAAGGAGAAAUCGAUCGAACGGAAAGCCACUUUUCGAAGCUUUGGCUUUGGCACGCUCCGGAAAAGACGGUCGACGCCGCGGAGAUCCGUCCGUUCACUUUCUCGUUCUCUUUGUGCGCCGUUGGUUAUGGUGUAUAACUUGUUGCUCGCGGGCAAACGAACGUGCAGUGACCGCGGAUUGCAAUUUUACAUCUUCGGACAGAUCGCCGAUGGCGGAUUGCCAUGUCCGGGGAGUCCCUUUUUUUUACGGUUGCGUCCGUCCGCCCUCGAUCUCGGCGGCAGAAACGAAGAGUCGUCAGCGCGCGUCGGUUACUCAAGGAUGAGAGGGAGGGAGGAAAGGGAACGGGGCGAGGGGAAGAAAGAGAAAGGAUAUAUAGCAGAAAUAUCGUAAAGGAUCCCCGAAUCCCAUUCUAUUAUCGGCCGACCUUCCUCGUUAUUUGCGGCUUAGGAUGGCUGCAGAACAAACAUAGUCGUCGCGACCGUCCGUCCUCCGAUAUUUGCCACCGCGAUUAUCCCGCUUCCUCUCGCAAGAUCGUGGACGCUCGCCGCGGCGACCUCCGAGCCGGGAACUCGAUCGCCAGCCGAUUACCCAUCGGCGGAACACGGAUAUCAGACAAAUUGAAAAGUUCGGAAUCGUACUCGAAAUCUCGAUCUCUUCCCUCGCGAGAGUUCGAUUCGACUACGGGAUAUUAUCCCCUGAUCGAGAUUAUACCACGGAAAUGAAGUUCCUCUCGCUUUAGGAUAAUUUCCAACUCGGGCGAUCUUGAUGUCGAUCGUCCUUCGAGAGUCACGAUCGACAUUGAAGAACGAGAGUGCUUCGCGAUAAGGAGGUUUCCUAAAAUAAAAAGAGAAAGAGAAAGAGAGGGAGAUAAGAAAAAAGAGAGAGAGAGAGAGAGAAUGCCUUGUUUUUUAUAAACGUUUAUUAAAAAUAAUCGUGAUUCAAUUGCGGUGAUAUGCUUUCUAGAAAUUAGAACCAAAAAAAUUGAAAUGAUUGCUUAAUUCUUUCGCUAAAUUCAAUUAAUAUUCUAAUAAGGAUCAAUCUACGAUAUGUCAUGGCAGUCGUCGCCGAUUUCGUUCGCGUAUUUUCGCGUAGUUAUCCUCGUUUUGUGCUUUAUUCCUUUAUUUUAUGCUUUAUUUUGUGUUUUAAUUCUACGCAGAGAAGAAAAUUGAUUUCGCGAAAUGGUGCGGAUGGAUGACAAAUUGAAGUUUUCUUAAUUAUCCUCUGCCAGCCUCCCCGAGAGGAUCCAGUCCGUCCACACAAAGAUUUUUUUAUUUAUUAAAAAAGGGUUGAGCCUCGUGCUAAGGCGCGCGCAUCUCACUGUCGAGGCUGACACUCGAUUUCAGGAGCGAGCGCGAUAAAUUGACCGAGUAAACAGGAAAACUCCUGACGGUUUUCUCGUCGCCGACCCUCGGAUCCGAGAGAAAGUGCGCACAUGGUCCUCCCUCUUCUGCAGUAAUGACCGGAUGAUUUAAUCAUUUACUGCACCGACGAGAGUCACCAAGAUGCUAACACGCUAACGGAGGGAAAACCCGCUGCAAAUCAUCGUCGCGAAAAUCGAGUACGACAUCGUCGCUGCGGUAUAGCCCGCCGUCUCCUCGUUAUGUACCAGCAUCGUUAACACUGAAGACAAUCUUGUGAUAAAUUUCCGGCACAUUGCGAAAUAAAUUACAUCGUGGAUCAUCAGAAUUUCCUUCGGACGACUGUGGCAAUCAGGGAACGAAAUCACUUCGUGAACCUGGCGCCGAGGCGGUCAUCAACACAUAAACAGUGCAUAGAUUGGAUCCCUGUGGGCCAUUUCUAAGCUCAGACGUACGUACAAAAGGACUGACAUCCCGCAAAAAAAAAUCUGCACCUCAAAGUCCAUGGAGUCUCGGAGCAGAAAAUUGCGGAAAAUGGGAACUGCAGGAAAUUCUGAGAUAGUGAUGGAAGUGUGUGAGGAGAGUAGCCGGCGUUUAUCGGCCAGGUGUUGACUCCGUCGAAAACGAUGAAAAAAGCUUCGGACCCGCUCUAACGAAUGCAGACCAUGAUACAUUAUUUAACCAGAUGAUGAAUAGCGAACACUGAAGACGGAAAAUACACUUUAGCCGUGAUGGAGACUCACGUCGAUCAAGCCGCGAACGCAACUGUGGAAAAUCCAGUCUUCAUCGAUGUACCAAUCAUCUUGAGAGCUAUCGUGCUCUGUCUCCUUAUACUCGUCACUAUCGUAGGGAAUCUGUUUGUGAUAGCAGCUAUCUUACUAGAGAGAAACUUGCAAUCCGUAGCAAAUUACUUAAUUGUCAGUUUGGCAGUCGCGGAUCUUAUGGUUGCCUGUCUUGUUAUGCCACUAGGAGCUGUUUAUGAGAUAAACUCGGGGUGGUCACUCGGUCCGGAGCUCUGCGACAUGUGGACCAGCAGCGACGUUCUGUGUUGCACAGCUUCGAUAUUGCAUCUGGUGGCAAUCGCGGUCGACAGAUAUUGGGCAGUCACCGAUAUCAAUUAUAUACAGGCAAGGAAUCCAAGAAGAAUCGGCAUGCUGAUCAUCACCGUGUGGGUGGUAUCCUUAGGAAUCUCAUUAGCGCCUCAACUCGGGUGGAAGGAUCCUGAUUAUUUGGACCGCAUAUCCCAAGGGACGUGUCUCGUGUCGCAGGAUCCUGCAUAUCAGAUUUUCGCAACCUGCGCGACGUUUUAUGUUCCACUGCUAGUUAUUUUAUUCCUAUAUUGGAGGAUAUUCCAAGCGGCGAGAAAGAGAAUCAGGAAGAGGCCCGGCACCAUUCUUCAGCCGCCACGCGAACGGAGGGGCAUUCUCAGGCUCGUCACGAGAAGGCCGCGCGAGGAAUCGACGGCGUUCACCAUUACGAAAACCACGCCAGAUCAUUCGUCCAUCUCGCCGGAGAAGUCGUCGUCGUACAACGGCGCGAAUGCCACACCGUCGACGACAGUAACGCCGACGGCGAUCUCGACGACGACGACGACCACCACCACGACGAUGCUGACGAAUCCGAGCAGCACGAGCCAGCAGCAGCCGGUGGUCAAAUGCACGAAGCGAACACGCGAGACGAUCGAGUCGAAGCGCGAGCGCAAAGCGGCGAAGACCCUGGCGAUCAUCACCGGUGCCUUCGUCGCCUGCUGGCUGCCGUUCUUCUUCGCCGCACUGCUGCAAGCCACAUGCCGGACCUGCCAGCCACCCGAAAUCGUCUCCAGUGUAUUCCUGUGGCUUGGAUACUUUAACAGCACCCUCAACCCCGUAAUUUACACUGUGUUCUCGCCGGAAUUUCGGCAGGCAUUCAAAAGGAUGCUGUGCAGUGGUACGCGGGGACUUCGCUGACAAUGGAUUUAAUUCCUUUGCUCCGUGCGCGCGGCCGGAUGAAGGAGAUACGUGAAGCUCUUGUACAUAUACGUGCAAUAAUAUAUACAUAUUGAGUUGAUGCAAAAGUGAGAGAAGAGUUUUAUUACUAAAACAUUUUAUUAUAUGGCAUGUCCAGAAAACAUGCUGUAUAAUAAUUUCUGUUUCUACAAUAUACAUUUAUUGGAAUUCAAUAAGUAUAAUUAAAUACAUUUUUUUACGAUGACCAUUUCAAGAAUUUCUGUUACUUUUGCAUCAACCUAAUAUAUACACGCUUACUAUCCAGCGUUUUCUUUGAUGUUGUGUGAUAUCUGGAUGCCCAACUCAAAAUAUUGUUACAGCUAAGUGAAUACAUUUGCGCGGUUAUCCACGUAUUUUAAAUACGACAUUCAGACAAAUCGACAUUAAUGUUAUAUUUAUUUUUAAAUACCUACUAAAGCAAAGAAAGUUGAGAAUAUCUGUUUUAUUGUAUACUUGUUAAUAUAUUCUCUGUUUUUAUCAAUAAUGUUAUAUCAAUUUCAAAAUAUAUUGUUUAUAUAUUAAUACCUUGAACCAGAAUUGUGUAGGGUGUGGGCGUUAAGUAACAUCGUUACAGUUACUUUUUUAAAUAACGGGUUGAUAAAGCAGCGUUACUUUUCUUUUUUCUUUACUGUAAUAGUAACGUAGUUAUAUUUUUCCAGUAAUAGUAAUAAAUUUAAUAGUUACUUUUUUUUAUAUAUUUUAAACCUAUUUCCGUUGUAUACGUGUAUGUUCAAUUUCCUGAUAUUCAUAGUCUGUUAUAUUAAAAAUCUCAAAUCCAAUUUUAAGAUGUCAUAAAUCAAUUAUAUCACCGAACACAUUUUAAAAGUUUUUUGAGUUUAUUAUUAUAAUUAAAAUUUUUUAAUUGAACGUGUUAAAGAAGUAUACAUUUCUCCGUAUUUAUAAAUUUAAAAAAAUUACAUUUUUUAAUUUACAUUAAAAAAAAA